AUGGCGUCGGUCGCCCGGAAACAAGCCCCACGCCCUGCGCGGCCGGUAGGCCGUUACUGGAAAGGGAAAGCACCAAAAGGUGCUGGCGAGCUGCCUUCUUCAGACGAAGAUUCGGAUGCUGAGAUUCAGGAGGUUCAGGAGGAUGGAGAUGAAGCUAUUGGCGGGGAACAGGACUUCCUGGCGGGUGGAACCAAGGACGACUCUGACGAGGAGGAUGAGGGAGGCACGAGCAAGAAGGCGGCGAAGAUGAGCGUCAAGUUAGGCGACGUCCAAAUCAAGGAGGGCAAGGUCCUGGUAGGAGGCAAGGAGGCGGUGGAAAGCAGUGAAGAGGAGAGUUCGGAAGAGGAAGAUGAGGAUGAGAAGAAGGCUGAAGAUUCUGAAGAGUCCAGCAGCGAGGAAGAGUCUGAAUCGGAGGAGGAGAAACCCAAGUUACAGUUUCGCCCAGUCUUCGUACCAAAGCGUGCGCGCGUGACUGUCGAAGAAGCAAAGGCCCGCGAUCAGAAUACGGAGGAGGCUCUCGCGUUGAAAGCGGCACAGGAAGAGCAACGGAAGAAGGAAAGUCACGACAUGGUGGCCGACUCGAUCCGACGCGAACUUGCUGAGAAGGAGAAGGAAGAAGAGGCACCGGACGUAGACGACACGGAUGGUCUUGAUCCUACCGCCGAGUUCGACGCCUGGCGCGUACGCGAGCUCGCACGCAUUAAGCGUGACAAGGAAGCCGAGCUUGCGCGCGAGGAGGAACGAGCCGAGAUUGAACGGAGACGCGCUCUACCCGAGGCUCAGCGUCUAGCCGAAGACCUCGAACAUGCGGAGAAGUUGCGUGCGGAGAAGCCGAAGGGUCAGCAGAAGUUCUUGCAAAAGUACUGGCACAAGGGCGCGUUCCAUCAAGACGAGGAGAUCCUCAAGCGCCACGACUUCACCGAGGCAACGGAGAGUACAGUUGAUGUCAGUGCUCUGCCUGCGGUCAUGCAGGUCAGGAACUUUGGCAAGCGCGGCAGGACGAAGUACACGCAUUUGUUGGACCAAGACACGACAACGGGGCCAAACGCGCCACCCAAAGCUGCUGGGCAAGGAUGCUUCAAUUGCGGAGGGCCACAUCUAAAGAAAGACUGUCCGAAUAUCACGGGUCCGUUCACGGACAGACCAGGGACAGGCGCGAACGCUGCUGGCAUGAGCUCUCGCGGAGAUGACAGGAAUGACAGCGAGACAGCGGUUAUCCACCUCGUGGUGAAGGAUCUCGAGAUAGACCUCGCGGCGACACCUAUGCACGACGGCGCUCGGCUUCACCUAGAAGGGAUAGAUCACCCCGCAGAGACGACAGGCAACGAUCACGCUCGCCCCGGCGGCAUCAUGGUCGCCUCGGCGAGGGAGCUAUCGCUCUCCACCUCGUGGUGGGCGCGAUCGUUCGCCACCACGAAGGAGCUGGCGCGAUCGAUCUAUGUCGAGGAGUCGAAGCCCUGA